AUGCCGUACGUUGACCCCGCCAAUUACCCCAUGGAUAUUCCGGAGGGUGGCUGGCAUGUGGAUGUCAACAACGCUGACGACUUCCGCCUUCCAUCUGGCCUUGACACGGACCUCUUCCUUUAUCGCGCCGAACGUACGAACGGCUCGCUCUUCUGGGUCGUGAAGGAGAAUGCGCGCACGGCUGCGCGCUCACCCACUGCUGAGCAGCUGGCUGCAGCUAUCGGCUUCUCCAAGAAUCGCCUCAUCCGCGCCCUCCGGGCCGAGAUUGGCACCCUCCACGCUCAGCCGCCUCAGCCGCAGGGCCCACAAGGCCCCGCUCAGGCCGCCGCCGUUCGUCCUCAGCAAGUUCGCUUGCCACUGCCAUGUAGCUUCAGCGGAGUGCCCACCAAGGAGGGGGUGUACGACCCGGAGCCACGCGACUUCACCGUCACCAUCAGCCAUUACGUAUACGCCCAGAGUCAGGAACUCGGUGUGGCCUUCGACAAAGACAGGAAGAUCCGCGUUUUCUCAAGCUUCCUUGAGCAGUCCGCGGCCUGCUGGUAUCAUCAGCUGCUCCAGGAGCGGGAGAUCACCUUGCACAGUGGCCAACCCUAUACCGGCCCACUCAACGACACCGACGCACUGGUUGCGGCCUUCCUGCGUGAGUAUGAGGACGUCAACAUCCGUGCCACAGCCAAGCACAAGAUCCGCACCCUUCAGCAGGACAGCACGGCGGAGGCGCAUGUACGCUUCUUCAAGGAGUACGCCAUGCUCAGCGGCUAUGGCGAGGAGGCGCUCAUCGACUGGUUCAAGUCGAGUCUCAAGGUCGCCUUGAAGGACAAGGUCAACGGGCAGGGCAAGCAGCGCCCGACCACGCUGGAGGGCUGGUACGAGGAUGCCAUCCUCUUCGACCGGCAAUAUCGUGAGGAUCAGCUGGAUCGCGUGCUGGCACGCAAGUCUUCGCAGCCAGCCACUGGCAACACGUCCUCGCGCAACCAGUCCGCCGGCGCGAACAACAACACCGGCCGGCCCACGGGUGGCUUGCAACAGCAGCAGGCGCCGCAUAACGCCAACCAGUGGCAGCCGCGCAACGGCAACUGGCGCCCUUGGAGCGCUCCCGCCCAGCAACAAUGCGCACCAGCACCAGCGGCCAACACUGGCGUGGUCCCUAUGGACAUUGACGCGGCCAACGCGGCCAUGGCUGCUCGCCGUCUGCAAGAGGAUAAGCCAGAAUCUGCAAUCGCCAUUCUGUGCAACUGGACGCACAACCGACGUCACCGUGAGGCAACACAUGAGAUGCUAGCCACACUCAACGGUAUGGACGAUGACACCGUUGUGCAAGUGCUCUGCGAGCUCCGUCCACCCAUGCAUUACGUUCGCUCUUCUGGCCAACGCCAACAGACCACUCUGCCAACAGUUCUUCACACUAUGGAGUUUCCUCGGCGUCAGAUCCCCGUCAACGCGCUACUUGAUAGCGGCUGCACUGGCUUGUGCAUUGACGAGGACUUCGUUUGGCAGAAUGGCAUUUGCACGCGCAAGACCGCGUUACCUAUUCCGGUCUACAAUGCAGACGGCAGCGCCAACGCCAACGGCAGCAUAACGGAGUUUGUUGACAUUGCCAUGACCAUCGGAGAUCACCGGGAGCAGAUCGCUCUUGCAGUGGCCAAGUUAGGCUCCUCGCCACUCUUCAUUGGGCACGAAUGGCUACACUUCCACAACCCUAGCAUCGAUUGGGAGACCUCCACAGUGGUGUUUGAUCGUUGCCCGGAGCUAUGCACCAAGCUCCAGGACCACAUGCACCAAGAUGAGGAGACUGAAGACGUCAUCGACCUGCCGGAGCUUCAGGAGGAGGAACAGUUACUUGCACUUGAUUGGGAGGGUUUUCUACACGCAGGCGCCGAACAUCUACGCGCCACUUUGAUACACUUGUCGGCUAUUGCACAAGAAGAAGCUAAGCUCAAAAAGGAACAGACCUUCCAAGAGUGCAUACCCUCGCUAUACCACGACUUCCGCGACCUCUUUGAUAAGGAGGACUUCGACAAGCUCCCACCACAGACCAAAUGGAGUCACGUCAUCGAGCUUAUUCAAGGCGCACGUCCAGUUGACUGCAAGGUCUAUCCCCUCACGCUCGCUGAACAGGACGAACUGCGCAAGUUCAUCGAAGAGAACCUCAAAUCCGGCCGCAUCCGCCCGUCCAAAUCACCCAUGGCUUCUCCCUUCUUCUUCAUCAAAAAGAAGGACGGUUCUCUACGCCCCGUUCAGGACUACCGCAAGCUCAACGAGAUGACUUUUGAUCGUUGCCCAGAGCUAUGCACCAAGCUCCAGGACCACAUGCGCCAAGAGGAGGAGACUGAAGAUGUCAUUGAUCUACCGGAGCUUCAGGAGGGGGAACGGUUACUUGCACCCGGUUGGGAGGGUUUCCUACACGCAGGCGCUGAAUAUCCACAUGCCACUUUGACACACUUGUCUGCUAUCGCACAUGAAAAAGCUAAGCUCAAGAAGGAACAAACCUUCUAA